AUGUCAACGAACGACCGCAAAUUGUCUUAUAAAGUGCCACCAGCGACCCUCCGAGAUACGGUCACCUCUCAGGAGCAUCGAAGGAAUAGAGCCCUUGAGGAGCAAAAACGUCGAAGGGCAGAGCGAUUUGACUCAACUAGACAACUCGACUUCUUUGCCGACUUGACCCUGGGUCCAUCCGACGAUGAGGCGGAUGAUGAGGACCCCAUGCAAGGCGGUCCAGACAUCAUCCAGGAAGGCAUGGUUCAAUUCGCAGCCAUGCUUCCACCCGCCGGUGCUGGUAAUAGUGCCAAAAUAGUCCCUAGUGCUGCCACUCCUCGUGAGUCCGCCCCACCUGUUUCCCAGGAGAGCAAUGUACAGACGACCGGAAAGAAGCGCGGAAAGAGGCGUAAGGGAAAGGCGCGUCAGGGCGCUGCCGAUGGACAGCAGCAUCAAACCUCAAAUCGCAAGAAACCCAGUCGAUGGGCGGACAAGUGUAUGUAUGCCGAGUUGCUUGAGAUGAUUGAGGAUCAGAAUGCAGUGCAGACAUGUCGUGACGGUAUCCCAGAUGAUAUCGAAACGGGCUGGGUGGCGGUGGCACCUGUACCUGUGGGUAAACGAUGUCUUGCUGUGACGCAUUACACGAGCGGAAUUGCAGGUGUCGUCCCUAACACCACUCUGCGCUCGCGCGUUUUGGGGAAGCAACUCAUGAAACCUUUUCCUUCCCCACUUCCCCCGCAGACUAUACUGGACUGUAUCCUCGACGAGAACUGGAGAGAUAACGGCAUUCUUCAUGUGCUGGACGUGCUCAAAUGGAAGGGACAGGACGUCGGAGAGUGCGAAACACCCUUCCGUUUCUGGUGGCGAGAUACUCGGCUCUCCGAACUGGCGUCAUUCCCGCCUCCCCCCAGCGCUCCAGAAGCUGGGCCAGAGGAUUCGACCGUCGAGUCUUCACAUGCUUCGGGUUCGAUACCACGAUACCAAUUUCCGUACCCGCACACGUUACUUCCUGUACCCUAUCACACCAACACGACACUCGCAUAUUUCAGCAACACGCUUAUCCCGCUUACACGAAGCUUGCGGCGCGUUUCGGUGACCUUACCUUUGGUUCCUUCACAAGCUACGCCAUCGAUGGACCUGCAUGGUGCUGCACCGCCCGUAGUAGAAUUAUAUUCUGUGUUCAGGGAGAUAAGAUCGGAUGGACUGCUUUUGUAUGUGGCUCAAGCCACGUACGAGCCUGGAACAAGCCCACUCAGUAGUUGGGUGCCUCUUCAGGCUUAUGCGGAUGAUGCUCAUAAGCCUGGGAGAGAACAAGUAUCAUCUGCACAGGGAGGUCCGCUAGACGUGUUCGAGAGGUCAGUCUUGCGUUAG